AUGGCUCCGGACAAGGACUCGAAAGUCUACAAGCUUCAUGUCACCAACGCUUUCUCUGGUCAGCUACUUCUUGUUUCCAAAAGGAGCAAGCCAGAAUCAUUUUCUAAAGAAGAACAACCCGCCGCCGACAGCCUCAGCAUCCUUGUCAACGACUCUGGUAGCGAGAUGCAGUCAACAGACAAUGCUGACCUUUCGAGCUCUGAGGGCAUCAGUGAAGAUGAGGGAGCCAAAUGCCUCAAAAACAAUUGCAUCAAGAACAUCAAGCAGGACACAACAAGCGUCAAAAAGCCAGUCAAAAAACCGGUCAGCAUUCUGAAGCCGUCACCGUAUGAUACUGAUGCCAGUGACUCCGACGCGGCCGUCAAGUGUUCCAAGGCAAAUACUACCUUACCCAAGAAAUGUAAGAAGAAGCAGAAGACGAAGGCAGCUACGGAUACCGAGUCCAGCGUCGCCGAAUCAACCGACUCGGUUGACGCACUAUCUGGAGAGUCUACAUCUGCUUCUGAGGGUGAAAGCGUCGAUGCCGCCGCUUCGGUCGCGGAGUCUGGUAAAGAAGAUAGCGACGCCGAGGGGGUUGCAGCUUCAACCGAGCAGAGCGAGGGUACUCAAACUGCAGAGGAUGCAUCUAUCAAUGAGCAGAGCGAAGGAACACAGACCGCCGACGCGCCCUCGGUCAACGAGCAGAGUGAUGGGACACAGACAGCCGAGGACCCUUCGAUAAAUGACAAGAGUGAAGGCACUCAGACUGGUGAUGAUGAAAAGCAAGCCGAGCAGGCCAGACCUACCUCCAAGCCAUCAGCGGCCGGUGAUGGAUGGACUCUCUCAAAGGAUGCCCUCCUUCGCUCAAUGAAGGACGGGGGCGAGACAUGGGCGACGAUCGCGUCCGCUAUUGCCAUGCACAAGAACUCAUGCAAGGCGCGCUGGAAAGAGCUCAGUGCAAAUGGAGACGGAGGUGGUGACAAGAAGGAGGAAAAGGCCAAAGAGAAGGCCGAUGAACAAGGCAAGGACAAGAAUGAUACCAACAAGGAUGACGAAAAAGCUACAGAGGCCGAGGUUGCGCCUACGGCUGCCGUCGAGGGCACCACACUUGCCGACAACAACGUCGCCCCCGGCGACACGACGGCAAAUGAAGCCGAUAACGAGGUCUCCGCGGCCGACAACAACAAGAAUCAGAAGCAGAAAAAGGAGGCCAAGCUGCCUGAAAAAGUCAAGAAGAUGAUGAAGGAGAAAAACAUGGCAAAAGCCACCGCCGGCAGCGAUGGCGGCGCCUCCUCAGCCCCGUCUGGCGGAGCUGGUCGCACGAGGGUGGCGACCUGGCUCGGCAUCCACGGCCCCUAUUAUGCAUCCGUCCAAGUGCCAGAUCCCGCGCCCGGCAACGGCUGGACGGCGGAGGACUGUGCCGUUCUGAGCACCCUGGAGCGCAAGCGCCGAGUCGAGCGCUGGCUGGAUCUACAGGCCAACUUUUACAAUGCUACAGGACGUAUGGUGUCGAUCGAGGUGUUGAAGGACAAGGUUGGAGAUGAGGCAUGA